AUGGCCAACUGGACCUGGGUAACUGCUGCGAGUCUGGGUACCCACUGUGAAUUAGGACAGAUUCAUAGACCCAGACUCGGACCCGGCACCUGUAGACAAAUAUCCAUUCCAAGCUGGCCCACCCCAUCUGUAUUUUGGCUGAUCGGACUGGAUAAUCAUCAGUCCCUCCUUAAUCUGGCCAACAACCUCAAUCGAACGGCACUUCCUGCGAUCCCCAAGCGCUACGGGAUCCGACUUCCUCCCGAGAAAGAUUGCUUGACGGCUCCUAACUUCAAUAUCGCUCCCAAGCCCACUCCGACUGAAGUGGGAAGCCCAAGCAAUCACAAGGAGGGCAUGUUUGGGGGAAUUGAUGACAACAACAGUAGUGACAGCGAUAGCAAUAGCGGCACCAAGAUGGACUUUGCUCCCUUCAUCAGCAUCAAUGACAAUGGCAAUAUGGCUUCUGAUCAAGCUAGAAGGAGACUGGAGGAUGUUGAAGAAGAUGAUUAA